AUGUCCCGACUUCCCACAGAGCUUAUGAUAGAUUUCGGCCUAGUUCAGCACCCUGAGACAUCAGCUUUGUGGCUACUUCCUACGUCGCUGCUAGAAAAUGAGCUGAAUGAAAUGGAGAUUGAUUCAAACACCAGGGUCACUGCUGGUGACAAUGACGCUCCCGCGGUCGGUGAGAACCCCAUGGACGACAGCACUGCGAAAUUGCGCAAACGCAGGGCAGCAUUCCCAUCCGUCAGAAUUACAAAUAGCGGAACACUCUUUGACAUGUUGUCAAACCCAAAGUUCUCGAAUAUUAGCAAAGGCCUGAUCCCCCCUUCAUGGAAAUUGCCACAGGGGCCACUCACUAAAAGCUCUAUGCAAACGCUAGUCUGGAGAGGAGAUAUGUCCGAUUAUGCUCUCAAGGCAAUGCGAAAGGAGAUAUUAAGGCGCCUUAAGAAAAUACUACGUGUUACACCGAAAAUAGAAAAACAACGAAGGCGAGAUACAUGGACACCUCUGAGUAUUGCAGAACAUCCCAUCACUCAGAGUACAUUGGAAAGUUCGCUGAAACAACUGCCGGAAUUGAGAGAUAUACGGAGUGGAAUAGUUUUAAUUCUUCGUGGCAGUCAUCAUUCCACUGAGUUAAACAGUAAUCCCGAUUACAGUGUCACCUCCUCUACGACCCCCGAAAGCACUUCCUUUGACUUGGCUGAACUUCCGGUGCACGAAUCACAGGUUCCGGUUUUCGAUCUUACAAAAAUGUUAUCCGAAGGUGAACUUCAAGAAAUUCGUCAACUUGGGGAAGUAUUUCAGGGAGACGCUCUAUACUUUAUACCUGCAUCGAGAAAGUCCGCUUUAUUUUCCUUAGAUCUCUGGCGUUUAAAGUUGUUCCUUAUGGAACGCAAUGAGGAAGGAUCGUCUUUUCACCGUUGA